CGCGUCAGUACCUCCCGCGCCAUUCCGGCAGUUACCUACUGUAGCGCGUCCUUCGCGCGAUCCACGCCUAUGACAUCGCGAGUGCUCGAGUUACAGUGAAGUUUCAAAGUGUUCUGGAUAACUUAAACGUAAACAUGGGACCUCUAGUGUUGUUGUUUGUGGUGUUCGCGAGCGCUGUGGCCGACAGGAGAAUGAGCAUAGCCGAGAAACUUACGGAAGAUGCGGACCUCUCGCAGUUUCUGGCCCUCCUGUCGCGCAACGCCGUGGCCAACACAAGUCUACACUACCGCCAGAUGACGCUGUUCGCGCCAACCAACGAAGCCUUCCAGCGGUACAAUGGAGAGAUGGAUGACAAUCUCGUGUUAUACCACAUCUCAAACCUCGCGACGACGUUAAACAACAUCGACUACGCAAUAUCGUCAGAGCUGGACGGUAAUCCGCCUCUGUGGGUGACGCGGCGGCGCGACGCUACACACGAUGACUUGUACGUGAACAACGCCAAAGUGCUCGUGGCACGAUCCUACCAGACCACUAACUCGAAUAACAAACGACAGGUCCUCCACGUGAUAGACCAAGUCCUGCAGCCUCUACAGCCUCACGGGCCAGGGUCCCUGAGCUCACCAGUCUACAGCCCUAAUGCCUACCAGUUCCUCGAACAUUCCGACCUCUUCAACAUUGGCCAGCACAGACUCAGGUCAUUUCGGCAAAAAGUAAAUCAACUUCACAAGAAAGAAGUUUUUAAUGCCGACGGCAAGCAUACCUUCUUCAUUCCUGUGGACGAAGGCUUCAAGCCGACGACCCGCUCAGACCUGAUUGACGCAAAGGUGGUGGACGGACACGUGAUCCCGCACCACGUGCUAUUCACUAAAGCGACGCCAGACACGCGCGAGUUCGAGACCUUGGCCUUCGGGGACAAUGUCAAGGUCAUCAUCUCUUUUAGCACCGCCAUGAAUGGGAAUGAGGAAAUCACUUACGUGAAAUCCAACACGGUGGCGGGAGACGCGAAGCACAGCCGAGGGGUCGUUCUGGCGGAUAUCGUGCGUGCCAAUAUUCCCGUCAAGAACGGAGUCGUCCACCUCAUCCAGCGCCCUCUCAUGGUCGUCGACACCAGCGUCAUCGACUUCCUCAAGGCAAUGAAGGGGAUUGAAAAAGAGGACGGGCCACUAUGCAAGUUCUACGAAGUAAUCCUGGACCUCGGUAACAACAAUCAGUUCCUCAACGAGCUCAACACGGCUAAAGACAUGACGCUGUUCGCGCCCUCCAAUGAAGCGUGGAACGAGCCUAGCGUGCAGAACAUUGUCAGGAACCACCAGAAACUCAAGGAGAUCCUGAAUCUACAUCUAGUGCGGGAAAGACUGGCCAUGGACACUAUAAUACACAACAACAUGAAUCAGCUCCCAGGAACUAUCUACCAAGCCCCGACAGCGAUGCACCGCAAGUACCUGUACUUCAACGUGAUCACGCACAACAACAACCAGACACUAACCGUGGAGGGGGGCGGAGUCAACGCCACGGUGACCUUACCCAACAUCGCGGCCACAAAUGGCUUCGUUCACAUCAUUGACAGAGUUCUGGGCGUCCCUUAUACUACUAUAUUUGAGAAGCUGAAGACUGAUCCUAUGCUGAACAUCACAUACAACCUCGGCAAACGGGAGAUGUUCAACACGCAACUGAACGACAUGGAACACCGGUACACGUACUUCGUGCCUCGCGACCACGCCUGGCUCAAGUUCCAAGUCCGACACCCUUCGGCAUUCAAAGCGCUGUUUAAAAUGGACUUUGGGUAUUACACGAAACAAAUUCUGGAGAGGCACGUGAUCCGCGCGAGCCGUUCUUACACCAUUUCUGACCUGAAGCUUCACGCCAACGAGACGCACCCUUUCGUGAUGCCGACCAGCCGCGACCCACUGCGGCUGCGUGUCAAGGAGUCUGACAAAAACUACUACGUGGAAUGGAACGGGCACUGGAUCCACGUGUUCCGGCCGGACGUCGAGUGCACGAACGGCAUCAUCCACGUGAUCGACGAGCCCUUCCUCUUGGAGAGCGACGUGCGAGCCACCGGUGACGCUGCGCCGCUUGCGCGCGCCGCGGCGAUCAUACUGAUCUCGAUAUUUAUUACAAUCCUUCAGUAAUCUAUUGAGGUAAUUUAAUUUUUGACAGCUCGUGACAAAGCAAUUAUUUUAAAGAUUUCCACUGCCAUUUUCAGAAGAAAAAUAACAGACGUUAGAAAGGCCGAGAAAAGUCCAGAGAGCCUAUUGCGAACACUGAAAUUCGAAUUAUUCAGAUGACAAGCAAAACUCAUUAAUUACCUUCACAUGGAAGUCAUAGUGAACCAUUUUGAAGUCGACUUUCAUUUAAAUAUUUUUUGUAAUUAGUGAAUUUUGCGUGCCACCUGACGAUUUCUAAUUAAUCUUUACCUAAUUGGAGUAAUUUAUUGUUGUUUGCGGUAAGUUCUAUAAUUAAAAAAGUCAAGUUAGUAACUUUUUACAUAGCGUUAAAUGGUCACCAUGUCACUAGCUGUUCAUUAUAUAAUUCGAUAUGAUUUCAAUUUAACCUUCCGGAGUGGGACAAAAAAAAUAUGAUUGCACAGUCAAGUACAUAAAUAUGGGUACAUUUUUCCAUCAUAUUGCAACGAAUUAAGGUGAAGAAAUUUACACAUAUUUAUGAACUCUACUGUAACUUGAAACUUUAUGUAGAUCACUCGUAUCUAUUGGUCGAUUAGAUAUAGUUUGUGGGCAUUCAAUAGUUAUUUGUUUUACAAGGGGCA